CUGAUUAACAUUCACAUUGAAACCGUCAAGGAUACAAACAACACAGCCAUGUUGAAGAUAGCCCUCCUAGUUGUUGGAGUUGCAUAUGUAUGCAAUGCUGCUGAAGGCGUGAAAAUACACUGCCCCAUCACACGGAUGCCAGGGGGCCUAGGCAUAUAUAAGAAACCAGAUGAUGUCAGUCAGAGAGUAGUACAAGCGGUGAUUGAUGAUGUCGCUGCACGAUUGGGGAAUGUUCUUAUACUCAAGUGGAAAGUGAGGAAAUACAGAACUCAAGUUGUGGCUGGAGUUAACUACUACUUGAAACUAAAAGUGAAGUAUGCUGGUGAUAUCCACUUUAUCCACAUCAAAGUCUUCCAGUCUCUUGACCAGAAAUACACCCUCCAAGCAGUAGCUCCAGGGAUGCCACGCUCAGGAUGCAUUGAGGCAACAGACUUUGAAUAAAUGUGCCACUUCCAGGGGGAUGCACCAAACAAACUGACUUAAAUUCAGCUUAUCCCUUUAAGACUGCAUAAACAAACUUCAUAAGCAUCAUCAAUUUGAGUGUCACAAAUUGUGUAAGAUUAAAGAUGGAAAAAUCGAUGAUCAAGCUCCUGUUGGAUCUUUCACUAUAGUGCAUCAAAGUAUGCAACAAAAUCUUAUGUAGGGUAACAAGGCACGGGAUAAACAACAUUGAGUCAAAAAAUGAAAGUAACUGCCUUUACCCAGAAAUUUAAAAGAUAAUCACCUCUAGAUUUCCAUUCUAAAAAACAUCAAUGAAAAUUUCAAAUCAAUUCAUUCAGCAGUAGAAAAUCUGCUGAAAAGAAAACUUUAAAAUCACUGCAACCUGCCCAACUAUCAGUACUAACCCACCAAACAAGCUGACGAAAAUAUCCU